AUGCGACAUAAGGACAUGCAUGUGAAGUCAGAGGACAACCUUGUGAUGACACCUCUGGAGACUGAACUUGUGUCAUACAAGCACUGCUGCCCCACCUGCCCGACCUCCUUCCUUCCCAGCCAGAGAGGGCUGGCUGCUGCAGAACCUGGCGAAGAGCCCACACGGCCAGCUGGUGCCUUCCAUGCCAAGGUAGUGGGGGCUGCCCAGUUGGGUUGUUGCUACCAGAUGAAAGCCCUGGAUGGUUUAGGAGAGACCCUGUACCCCAGUCUGGACUUCCAGCUCUAUCAAGAUGACCAGGUCUGCUCAGCUGACACUUCUCAGCCACUUGCAGACUCAGUGGGUGCUCAUGACUUACCCUGGAGCGAGAGGAUGUGUCCCUUACCACUGGCACCAGCUAAAUCUCCCUUGCUGGCCUGCCCCGAAAGCCCGGACCUAUGCCUGUGUGCCCUGCAGAAGACACCCCUAGGCAGAGCCCCACAGGACCUCGGAGAAGACACCUCAAACAUGAGACACCAGCCGCCAAGCUUGUACAAAGCCUCCACCGACAGCGAGAAACUCACAAUCAAAGACUCACUGAACAGAGAGGAGAUGGGAAACGAGCCAGAAAGAGGCACCUACCCAUCCCUCCCUCCUCGUACCAGCUCCUUCCCAGAUGCUGGGCUGGACAGAAAGAGCCUUAGUCCCUUGACCUUCUGGCCCUGGCUUCCUCCCACUCUCAUCUCCAAGGAACCUCCUGUCCACAUCUACCCCAUCUUCCCUGGGUACCCACUUCUGCCUCUCCCUUACCUAUUCACUUAUGGGGCCCUACCUUCUGCUCAACAUCCGUACCUCUUCAUGCUGCCCCCACACUCCACAUACCCCACCGUGGCUGGGCCCAGCUUGCUUAUUACAGCCAGUGGGUCUGGAUCUCGUAUCCCCCAAGAGAAGACCCUGCUUCUCCACUCGGGAGCUUUCCAGAGUGCCGGCCACACCCUACACUCCCAGGUUGGGAGUCGGAGCUCUAGAGAUGCCCGGACCCCAGGACAAGCUGGUGUGGCAGCUCCAACAAGGCGGGCUGUGCCAGGCUCCCGGGCAGGUGUCAUAGCCCUGCCCUACCCUCUGAAGAAAGAGAAUGGUAAAAUCUUAUAUGAGUGUAACGUGUGUGGCAAGAACUUUGGGCAACUCUCCAACCUCAAGGUUCACCUGCGCGUACACAGUGGUGAGCGCCCGUUCCAGUGUGCCCUGUGUCAGAAGCGCUUCACCCAGCUGGCCCACCUGCAAAAGCACCAGCUGGUGCACACCGGGGAGCGUCCCCACCAGUGCCAGGUGUGCCAGAAGCGCUUCAGUAGCUCCAGCAACCUCAAGACCCAUCUUCGGCUGCACUCAAGUGCCAGGCCCUCCCAGUGCCGCCUGUGUCCAAGUCACCUCACACCGAAUGUGUACCCUAAGCUGCAUCACAGGCUGCGGGCUCCUCAGCUCCGUGGCCUGGCCCACACCCACCUACCUCUCGCCUCUCUCACUUGCCUUGCCCAGUGGCACCAAGGAGCGCUAGAUCUUGUGGAGGAGAAGAAGAUGGGCUGGACUGUGGACAAGGUGUCCUCGGAAUCCAAGGGAAAGCAGGGGCAGCCAGCUUGAGCAAUGGUGCUGGGAUUUCUCCGGGAGCAGAGUGUUAGCGAUUAAAAGAUGGCUUGUUAGCGAUUAAAAGAUGGUCUCAGUGCUGCAUCAGUCAAGGCCUUCUGAGAGUCUCCAGGGGAGGGGAAUGUCCCUGCUAGAUCCCACCCAUCACCUGGAAACGGCAGGGCACACAGCCCAGGUGCAGCCGUCUGCCUCAGGCUGGGUUUGGGUUCCACUCUCUUGUUUGUGACCUAUCUGGACAUGAGUUCUCUAUCUCAGCUCACCAGGGGACAGUGCUAUAUACCUUUCAGGACUGGAUGAAGGCAGAGUGUGCCCACAGGGAGGAGGGACACCAGGGGGCAAGAGGACCUCAGUUGUGAGAUUCUUAUCAGCCACUUCAGUUACCUGGCAUGGUGGACGGAACAUCUUGAAGAAACUGGAGAAUGAAGCAAGAACGGAUUUGUGUGUUGGUCAGCUGGUGUUACCUCCCAUGAUCCGGUGGGAUGCAAUUCUCCCCGGGAUGGAGAUGAAAAAAAAGAGGCAUAAGAUAUCUCCUGUCGGGGCUGGAGAGAUGCCUCAGCAGUUAAGAGCACUGGCUGUUUUUCCAGAGGUUUUGAG